AUGUGUAGUUUAAUAACUCGGAAACUUUUUACCACAACUAAUUUUUAUAAAUCAAUAGUUGCAAUAAAUAAAAAUGUUAAAUUAGCACAAAUUGGAGCAACAAGGUAUUUCGCGGAUACUAAAGAGCCUAAAUUAGCAGAAAGUGAAUUAAAAACUGAUGAAGCAACCAAGCUAUCUCCGUCCCCGGGACUCCAGACCGGUCACCAGGUGUUUCGUGAUGAAGAUUCAGAAGUUAUUUUUGACGUCGAGGAAGAAAUGAAGAAAAUAGAUUUUCAAAAAAUUACUGAGCUGGAACAGGAAAUUGAUCCUUUUGCAGGAAUUAAUUUAAAACAAGACCUGGUCGACUUGCUGAAAAAAGAAAAAGCUAAGGAUGUAUUUGUAGUAUCAGUAUCUAAAGAAUUAGGAUAUGGUGAUUACAUCGUAGUAACUACUGGUAAAUCAUUAAAACACAUGAGCGCUUUGGCAACCGUUGUUAGAAAAGUUUAUAAAUUGAAAAGAUAUUCGACGGAUAUUAUUCCCAAGAUUGAAGGUGAAAAAUGUAAAGAUUGGAUGGCUAUUGACUUGGGUAAUAUUGUGCUGCACAUAUUUUCCAAAACAGCUCGAGAGGAUUAUGACCUAGAGACUCUGUGGGCACUCGGUUCCAAGUAUGACAAAAGAACAAAUGAUCAAAAGGAAAUGAGUCUUGAAUUUGAAGAAAAGUACAAGCAGUUCCUUGAUAGUCUACAACCUGAUGAUCAGCCUAGUACUAGUGUCAAUUCUAAAUCUAUUUAA